UGACUUGCGCACUAGGGAGCCAAGAGGGUGUAGUCGGACUCGCAGCUUUUUUCUUGCAAACUUUUUCAUGGCGCUGGACGCAUAGCACUGAUUCGGCGUUGGAAGGCUGGAAAGAACGAAAGAGGGAGGGAGAAAGAGGAAGGUUUUUUGUCCUCCAUGGUUUUAUUUAUUUUUUUAUUGAAUUGAGUUAGGUAGCUGAAAUAAAAAAGUUUGGAAGUGCGACAGUAUACGGAAAACGGUCCUAAGAUUUUACUCAUAAUGCAUCGGUUUAUUUGUGUUUUAACUACAUUGACUUGUUUGGUUGCGUACAGCAACGGUGCAAUGGAUGAAUGUACAGACGAUUCGAACCGUCCUCAGCGCUGUAUGCCAGAGUUUGUCAACGCUGCCUUCAACGUUACCGUCGUGGCGACCAACACUUGUGGCUCUCCACCAGAAGAAUACUGCGUACAAACCGGGGUAACGGGAGUCACCAAGUCCUGCCACAUCUGCGAUGCAAGGGACCCCAGGCAACACCACAGCGCCGUCUACCUCACUGAUUACAACAACCAAGCGGAUACCACUUGGUGGCAAAGCCAGACAAUGUUAGCGGGCAUCCAGUACCCCAACUCGAUCAACUUAACUCUUCAUCUUGGCAAGUCCUUCGACAUCACGUACGUGCGUCUGAAGUUCCACACCAGCCGGCCGGAGAGCUUUGCCAUCUACAAGCGCACGAGCGAGGACGGGCCCUGGCAGCCGUACCAGUACUACAGCGGCUCCUGCGAGAAGACCUACCAGAAGCAGAACCGCGGCUUCAUCCGCACCGGCGAGGACGAGCAGCAGGCGCUCUGCACCGACGAGUUCAGCGACAUCUCCCCCCUGACCGGCGGCAACGUGGCCUUCUCCACGCUGGAGGGCCGGCCCAGCGCCUACAACUUCGACAACAGCCCCGUGCUGCAGGAAUGGGUGACAGCCACAGAUAUUAGGGUGACUCUGAACAGGCUCAACACAUUCGGAGAUGAGGUUUUCAACGACCCCAAGGUCCUAAAGUCCUACUACUACGCCAUCUCAGACUUCGCUGUUGGAGGAAGGUGCAAGUGCAACGGCCACGCCAGCGAGUGCGCGAAGGACGGCGCCCACCGGCUGGUGUGCCGCUGCAAGCACAACACGGAGGGGGACGACUGCAGCGUGUGCAAGCCCUUCUACAACGACCGCCCCUGGAGGAGGGCCACGGCGGAGAACCCCAAUGAGUGCCUGCCCUGCAGCUGCAACGGCAAAGCCACGGAGUGCUACUUCGACUCGGAGCUGUACCGCGCCACCGGGCACGGCGGCCACUGCCGCCACUGCGCCGACAACACCGACGGGCCCAACUGCGAGCGCUGCCUGGACAACUACUUCCGCGACAGCUCCAACCGCUGCCUGCCCUGCAGCUGCAGCCCCGUGGGCUCUGUCAGUACUCAGUGUGAUAACAGCGGGCGCUGCAGCUGCAAGCCGGGGGUGAUGGGAGACAAGUGCGAUCGCUGCCAGCCCGGCUACCACAGCCUGUCUGAGGCCGGCUGCCGGCCCUGUGCUUGCAGUACCUUUGGGAGCACGCAGGAGUGUGAUGUGCAGACGGGACGCUGCCAGUGCAAGGACCACGUGGAGGGCUUCAGCUGUGACAGGUGUAAGCUGGGGUACUUCAACCUGGACCCCCUCAACCCUCAGGGCUGCACCCCCUGCUUUUGCUUCCAGCACUCGUCUGUGUGUGAUGUUGCCGACGGCUACAGCAUCCAGACCGUCACCUCCACCUUCAGCAGGGAUGCGGAGGAGUGGAAGGGGCAGCAGAGGGACGGCUCCAGCGUCCCGGUGCAGUGGUCCUCCAGCAGGAAGGAGGUGUCCCUGAUCUCAGACGACUACUUCCCCAUGUACUUCCUCGCCCCAGAGAAGUUUCUGGGGAACCAGCUGCUGAGCUACGGGCAGAACCUGACCCUGAACUUCCGGGUGGACCGGCGGGACACGCGGCUCUCUGCGGAGGACGUGAUCCUGGAGGGCUCCGGCCUGCGCGUCGCCGUGCCGCUCAUCGCCCAGGGCAACGCCUACCCCAGCGAGAACAUGCAGACAUACGUGUUCAGGCUUCACGAUGCUACAGACUACCCCUGGAGGCCCAGUCUGCCCCACUCCGAGUUCCAGAAGCUUCUCUACAACCUGACCUCGAUCAAGAUCCGUGGCACCUACAGUGAAAGGAGCGCUGGUUACCUGGACAACGUGUCCCUCAUGAGCGCACGUCGGGGUCCCGGCACGCCUGCCCGCUGGGUGGAGAGGUGCACCUGCCCCCAAGGGUACGUGGGGCAGUUCUGUGAGCAGUGCGCCCUGGGAUACCGGAGGAACCGGCCUGAGCUGGGCCCCUUCAGCGCCUGCGAGUCCUGCAACUGCAACGGCCACAGCGACACCUGCGACCCCGAGUCAGGGAUGUGUAACUGUAAGCACAACACCGCUGGGAUCAGCUGCGAGAAGUGCAAGGAUGGCUACCAUGGCGACGCCACCGCCGGAACCUCCUCGGACUGCCAGCCCUGCCCCUGUCCCGGAGGCUCCACCUGUGCCGUGGUUCCCAAGACCAGGGAGGUGGUGUGCACAAACUGCCCGACUGGCACCACAGGGAAGCGCUGUGAGCUGUGUGACGACGGCUUUUUCGGGGACCCCCUGGGGCAGAACGGCCCCGCCAGGGCCUGCCGGGUGUGCAAGUGCAGCAACAACAUCGACCCCAACGCCGUGGGCAACUGCGACCGGGAGACGGGCGAGUGCCUGAAGUGCAUCCACAACACGGACGGCUUCUUCUGCGACCGCUGCAAAGAGGGCUUCUACGGAAACGCCACGGCCUCCAACACCAGCGAGAAGUGCAAAUCGUGCUCCUGCUCGCCGUUCGGCACAGUGAACAGGCAGACCAGCUGCCUGCAGGUCACCGGGAAGUGCCAGUGUCUGCCGCACGUCACCAACCGCGACUGCAGCGCCUGCGAGCCCGGCUUCUACAACCUGCAGAGCGGGCGUGGCUGCGAGCGGUGCAACUGCAACGCCAUUGGCUCCACCAAUGGACAGUGUGACAUCAGAAGCGGUCAGUGCGAGUGCCAGCCGGGAGUCAAGGGCCAGCACUGCGAGCGCUGCGAGGUCAACUUCUUUGGCUUCGGGUCCUCCGGCUGCAAACCGUGUGACUGCGACUCCGAGGGCUCGCAGACCGCCCAGUGUAAGGAGGACGGCCGCUGCGAGUGCCGGCCUGGCUUCGUGGGGUCCCGCUGUGACAUGUGUGAGGAGAACUACUUCUACAACCGCACCCGCCCUGGCUGCCAACAGUGCCCCUCCUGUUACUCUCUAGUGAGGGAUAAGGUGAACCAGCAGAGACAGAAGCUGGAUGACCUGCAGAAUUUGAUUGACAACCUGGGCAACAACCAGGAGACAGUGAGUGACAAGGCCUUUGAGGACCGACUGAAGGAAGCGGAGAAAGCCAUCAUGGACCUGCUGCGGGAGGCCCAAACCAGCAAAGAUGUGGACAAAGGCCUGCUGGAGCGACUGAACGGCAUCAACAACACCCUCACCACCCAGUGGAACCGGCUGCAGAACAUCCGCAACACGGUGGACAAGACCAACGCGCUCGCCGACAAGUCCCGCAACCGCGUGCGCGACGCCGAGGACCUCAUCGACCGCGCCCGGGAGGAGCUGCAGAAGGCCAAGGACGCCAUCAGCAAAGUGGACAUCAAACCACCCACAAGCCCCGGGGAUCCGAACAACAUGACUCUUUUGGCGGAAGAGGCGAGGAAAUUAGCCGACAAGCAUAAGACGGACGCAGAUCAGAUUGAGAAGAUUGCCAAGGAUGCCAAUGACACCUCCACCAAGGCUCUCAACCUCCUGAAGACCACUCUGGAUGGAGAGACCAAGACCAACAGUGACAUCGAUGAUCUCACCAAGAAGUACAAUGACGCGAAAGAGCUGGUGACGAACCUGGAGAAGCAAGCCAACAAGGUUCACGCCGAAGCGGAGGAGGCGGGGAACAAAGCCCUGCAGAUCUACGCCAACCUCACCGGCCUGCCGCCCGUCGACACCAAAACCCUGGAGGAUGAGGCCAAUAAGAUAAAGAAGGAGGCUUCGGACCUGGAUAACCUGAUCGAUAAGACUGAGAAGGAGUACAUGGACCUGCGCGAUGAUCUGAAGGGCAAGGAGGCUGAGGUCCGAAAACUGCUGGAGAAGGGGAAGACCGAGCAGCAGACUGCAGAUCAGUUGCUCGCACGAGCAGACGCUGCAAAGGCAUUGGCUGAAGAGGCUGCCAAGAAAGGGAGGUCCACCUAUCAGGAGGCACAGGACAUUCUGGGGAACCUGAGAGAUUUCGACAGACGUGUGAAUGACAACAAAACUGCCGCUGAGGAAGCCAUGAAGAAGAUCCCCGAGAUUAACGCCACCAUCAUCGCCGCCAACGACAAGACGAAGCAAGCGGAGGGGGCGCUAGGCAACGCCGCAGCCGACGCCCGGGAGGCGAAGAACAAGGCAGAGGAGGCCGAGAAGAUCGCCAGCGCAGUGCAGAAGAGUGCCGCCAACACAAAGAAGGACGCAGAGAAGGCGUUUGAGGACACAAUGAAGCUUGAUGACGAGGUCAAUGGGAUGAUGGAUCAGCUGGCCGCAGCUGAGAAGGAACUGGCCAAGAAGAAGCGGGAAGCUGACGCGGAUAUGAUGAUGGCAAACAUGGCAUCAGACGCAGCUAAAGAAGCUGAGGACAAUGCCCGCAAAGCCAAGAAUGCCGUCAAGAGCGUUUUGAGCACCAUCAACGACCUGCUCAAGCAACUUGGUAACAUUGACAAAGUUGACCUGAGCAAGCUGGACCAGAUCGACGGGUCGCUGAAGCGGGCCAAAGAGCAGAUGGAGGACAGCGAGCUGGACCGCAAGCUGAACGAGCUCAACCAGGUCGCCAAGAGCCAGGAGGACAUGAUCAGCGACUACGAGCGGCAGAUCAACGAGAUCCGAGCCGACAUCACCAACCUGAACGACAUCAAGAGCACGCUACCGCCCGGCUGCUACAACACCGCCUCGCUCGAGCGGCCUUAACCCCGCCAUCCCCACGCCCCCCCCUCCCCUUAUCCCUCUCCUCCUCUCCCUCCAUCUCUACACUCCUCCCUACCCCGCGUCUAACACUCUGGCAGAAUGCCACUUUUUACCAAAACGAUCGUUGUUGUUUUUUUCGUUUUGUUUGUUUGUUUUAUUGUUUUUUGGAUUUUUUUUUUUUUUUUUGCAAGAGAAAAGCCACCAACGUUAGGGUUAAUGGGACGGUGGGAUGCUAAAGGAAAGGACCGCAGGGUGAAGGGGGAAGUAGCGCGGUAUAUACCCCACGGAACUGCACCACGACCUGCGCCUGCGCCUUUACCAGUCCACUCAAGCCCCUCCCCCUGCCCUCCCGUUUGGAGGGAAAAUAAGCUAUACCAGCGCGUUGGCCGGACAGAGUCACCCUCGGGCUUUGCUUAAUCAUAUCGGUAUUAUCCCAUUAUGGUUGGUACACCAACGAUUCAGAAACCAAGCAGUGAAGGACUCCUGUUUUUAUUUUAUUUUAAUUAUUAUUAAUAAAAUUAAUAUCUAAUAACUCCGUAGGGACAUGCCCUGCAUUACAUCGGCUAUACCUGCCCCAGCACAGUAUUCAGUGUAUACACCGUAUAUACACACAGGAACUUGUCAGUGGUUACCCUGUAUAUACACACAGGAACUUGUCAGUGGUUAUACCAUAUAGACACACACAGGAACUUGUCAGUCGUCAUACUGUAUAUACACACAGGAGCUUGUCUGUGGUUAUACCGUAUAUACACACACAGGAACUUGUCUGUGGUUCUUCUGUAUAUACACACAUGAACAUCUGUGUCUGUACUGUAUCUGUGGACAGAUUAACCUGUCUGUCUGUGCCAACUACACACAGGGCCUGUCUGCACACACCUGAACGCAAUUGAGAGCCGAGUAAAGUCUUACCAGAGAUGGGGGCCGGUGUUAAGACGGGGUGACAUUAACUGUGAAACAUCUGAACACAGUAUUUUUUUUUUUUUUUUUUAAACCCUACAGAAUCUUUUUUUUUUUUUUCCUGAAGCUGCUGUUUAAUCCAGGUGUAUUGCGAAUCAGACAUUAACAUUUUUAUUUUUUGAAAAGGCAGAACUCAAAACACACGUACACACAUACACACACUAUGCAACUUUGUACAUUUGCGUAGACUAUACCUGAUACACUGGUGCUAAUUAUUAUUUCAAAUGUUAUAUUUUUGUGUGAAUGUUUUUUUUAUGAUAUAGAGUGAGGAAAUGUUAUUGUCAUGUAAAUGUAAAUAUGCUUAAAUGAUUCAGGACUGACUGAAAUCAUAAAGAAAUAUGAUUAGGAAAAAUAAAAGAAAUCCCACCAGCCUCCUCGAAAAAGUCCUGUCACGAAAAGCAACAGAAACCUCCACAUAAUAUAUAAAUAUAUAGAAUAUUUCUGUGGUAUUACCUGCUUGCUUGUAUACAUGGCUCUGUGUUGCUGCAUAGAUCUGCCGUACGUUCUGUUUUCAGUGAGGGGUUACGGAUGAACCGCGAGCGUACUUUUCGGUCAAGGUCUCCCCCCCCCCUGCCCUUUCGCGGGAGGCCCGAGUUAAAGUACUGCCACGUUUGAAGCCACUUGUGAUAAGCCAGGCAUUUCAUUUUCACCGCAUAUGAAAUGAACAUCAGUUAUGAGCAGCCAUUUAACAAUUUUAACAGUAUUCUGUGCCUUUAUACUUGGUCAUAAUCUCUCCACAUAAUUCAUAUAAUAUUAAUAUAUUGCUCCUGUCAAGGACACCUAAUCUAUAUUUCACACGCAGUGCCUUUAUUGUUAGUAAUUUAACCAAUGCACACACAGAUAAGUAUGAUUUUUUUAUAUGCAUACAUACCUGCAUACAUAUAUGCAUGCGUGCAUACAUGUAUACGUAAAAAAAUAAACAUGGGUCGGGCCUCUAUUCUGUGCCCAUAGGUUUGAUUAUACAAAUGUUACAUUUGGAAGGAAAACCAUACUAUGCGACUGCACGUGUCGGUCUUCCUACCCACAUUGCUUACGAACGGCUAAAAGGGUGUAGCAUCGGCUGGGUCCUCGCUCCUCUGCAUGAGGUGAGGGUUCGUUCAUGGUCUUUUCCCGCAUUUCUUUCGUUCAGUAGGUCAUCCCUGCAGAGAGCAGUAGACCCCUGUGUUAUUGGGAGAACAUGCCAUGCAGUGGAAGUGGUGCAGGGUUACCCGGCUGAGCGGUAGGCCAGCUAGGACACCCCCCCCCCCCCCCUUAUACCGGCUGUGCAACACGUACACCCCUGUGUAUAAAACAGUAUUUCUUAUUUAUAAAGUCUCAAGUGUGUGUAAUCUUCCUAGAAUACAUGUGUGUUGCACAGACUUGUGAACAUAUGGCUAUAGAGGGCACUGCUAAUAAUUAAAAAAAAGAAAUCCCAACACGUUUUACCAGAUCACAGUGUCAUUAUAAAGGCCUGAUAAACUCUUGUUUAUUACUUAUUGCCUGUAAAUCAAAUUGUACCAUUAAAAUAUUAAAUGUUA